AUGCCCAAAAGUGACACGUGGCCGGGUGGCACUGGGCUGGAGGUGGUGCCCGGCAUGGACAGCUCCGGCAGCUGCGACAGUGUCCUCAGCACCAACUCAGGAUGUAGUGAUGACAGCCUGGAGUACCUGUCUGCGGAGGAAAAGGCCUGCCUCAUGUUUUUGGAGGAGACCAUCGACUCUCUGGACACCGAGGACGACAGCGGACUUUCUAAUGACGAGGCGGAGCAGACACCCAGUCCUGGAACUGUGGCCAGCAAACAGGCCGAGCUGACCGCCUCCUUCAACCGGAGCACCUCCAACAGUGACCACAAAGAAAUCCAAAAGCAGUCAAUCAAAACAAACUGUGAAAAACUACCGAGCUACCUUGUGCCUACACCCUUUGUCAUCGCGAACACAAGUCAAUCGUCUUCAGUUCCCAGCGCUCCCUCCAAAAGGAACUUUGCGACCAAACCCAACCGCAGUAUUUCUGAUAAAGAACGUAGUCAGACUAUCUCCCCGAUCGCAGAGUCUAGGACCAUCCCGCCUGCAGUGCCCCCUAAACCAAAGAAGAAACCUGAAAACUCGACAAAAAUGGCUUUGAGUUCCAGCCGUUCAUUCUGUGUCAAACGCACGCCCAAUCCCGAAAUGGUGCGUCAAGAAGCGUUGCAUAAACUGGGCCUCAUCAAAGAGACAGACGAGAACGCACAUUCUUCAACGACGGCGGGAGUCCACAGGGGUCUGAACUCGGCUCACGGGAGAUUUGUGAAGACUCCGACAAAUAGCCAAGCCGCGAGGAGCCCGUCUUUCUGCGUCACGCGUUUGCUGCCGGAGACUAAGAGUAAGGGGCUACAGUGCAGUGCUAGCUUCCAUCACUCAUCCAGACAUGACCAUUCUGCUGCAACCCAUCAUCAUCAUCAUCAUCAUCAUCAUCAUACCACUAGUUCUCAACACAACCACGCCAAUGGACCAAAUUACCCGGUCCAGUCUGAAAAAGGACCACCAGACACAGCUUUAUCCAAGACCCCAAAGCCGUCUAGCGCAGUGGGCUACACAGCGAUGGUGGUUCCUGGGAUGGGUGCGGACAGGAGGGAGGCCCUGAGGAAACUGGGACUGCUCAAAGACUAA